UUUUAACACCGGGACGGAAAUUUAUCGAUUAGACAAUCAAGCUCGAUAAUUUGCCGUAAAUUGGAAAAGUAAAACUGAUAACCACUAAUGGAACUUUCCUUUAUAAGUUCAAUUUAGAGCGAAAUGCAAGUUCAUAAUUGAUAAGAUAUCGCAAAGAUGACAAGGUUAGAAUAAGAUAAAUUCACCAACUAAAAACUCAUUCCCUGCGACUUUAGGUUACCUGUGUUCGGUAUUGCUCGGAGUCAGCAAACAAGCAACAACAUCUUUUACAAAAAUGUCCGUCAAAUGAAUCCAGAUAUCGCUAGAGAGAGGUCUAAAGCCUCGUUUGAUAUUCAAGAACUAACGUAUUUUCUGGAUGGAGGCAAGGAAAAGACGAGUAGAAGGCGUUAUCUAGAGUCUUUACUGUCUAAUGACCCAGUGUUUGAAAAAGAUCAGGACUGGUUCUAUGGUAGAGAAGGUUCCUAUGAGAACUCCUUAAGGAAGGGUGUUCAUUUUAUUGACAUUGUAAGGACACAUAAGAUCACAGACAAGUAUGAACUGCAAGUCUUAGAAAGAGCUAUUGGAUACCCUUUACCAACACUACUGAAUGAUCUGAUGUUCAUACCAACAAUAAAGACACUAGGGACGAAGAGACAGCAGGAGAAAUGGAUUCCCUUAGCAAAGAGCUACCAGAUCCUCGGGACAUAUGCGCAAACCGAAAUGGGACAUGGUACCUUUAUCCGCGCUAUCGAGACAACAGCAACAUAUGACACAACAACACAGGAAUUUGUACUUCACAGUCCAUCACUGACAGCGGCUAAAUGGUGGCCAGGAUCAUUGGGACACACCUGCAGUCAUGCCAUUGUCCUUGCCCAGCUCUACAUAGGAAAAAAGAGUUAUGGCAUCCAGUUUUUCAUGUUACAGAUCAGAGACCCAGUCACUCGGAGGCCGACACCAGGUGUCAAACUUGGUGACAUCGGACCAAAGGGAAGCUUUCUGAUAAACUCACAGGAGAAUGGUUACCUGUUGUUAGAUCAUGUGAGAGUGCCACGGGAUCAUAUGCUUAGUGCUCUAGCUGAGGUAAUGGCGGAUGGGACAUUUGUGAAAUCAUCGAAUGAGGAUGCUGAUAAGGUCCUAUACAGCAUCAUGUUAUACGUACGCUCAACAAUACCCCAGGAUGCAUACUUUAUAGCUUCCCGAGCAAUCACUAUAGCAGUACGAUAUAGCGCUGUUAGACGACAGAGUGAGCUAAAACCUGGACAAGGCGAAUUACAAAUCUUGGAUUACUCGACACAGCAGGACAAGCUUCUACCUUCUCUGGCAACUGCUUACGCCUACAAAUUCGCUUCUGAUCGCAUCCGAAUCGAGUAUGAACGGGCCAAUACCAAGUGGACUACAGGAGAUUUUUCCAAUCUGCCAGAGCUCCAUGUGCUGACCAGUGCAAUGAAGGCUUACACAACAUCCGGGGCUCGUCUGCUUGCGGACACUUGUCGGUUAGGCUGUGGUGGCCAUGGUUUCUCCAUGUUUAGCCUGCUGACCGAGCUGUUUGCUGUCGCGAGUGCAGCUUGUACAUACGAAGGAGAAAACACUGUGCUCUAUCUGCAGGUCGCAAGGUUUCUGCUGAAGUGUGUAUCUAAGGCGCGACUCGAGCCCAGACUUCCACCCUCAGUGUCGUACCUUUUGGAUGAGAGUACACGUGACUGGCGUUGUACAUGCUCAUCCCCGCGGCAGUUAGACUCACAGACACAGCUGCGGAUUUACAAAGCUCGCGCCUCCAGACUCAUCAACAUGACUGCAGACAAGAUGCAAGCGGAUGUAAUACUUGGAAUGGAUCCUGUGGACUCAUGGAAUAAGAACUCGGUGGAUCUUGUAAGAUGUGCUAAGGCACACAGCUCCUAUCUGAUUGUACAGUUUUUCCUUGAUGCUCUAAGCCAGUCAAAUUCAAGUCGUGAGAUAGCAUCCGUUCUUAAGAGCCAAUCAGAUCUCUAUGCCUUAUAUGGUAUCGUUGAGGACUCAGGUAGUUUUAUGGAGUGUGGAGUUCUGACUGUGGAUCAAAUAGCAAUGAUCAGAGAUCAAGUUUACUCUCUCUAUCAGAUUAUCAGGCCAGACGCGGUCGCGCUGGUUGACGCGUUUGACUACUCGGACUUUGUCCUCAACUCCGCACUUGGGCGUUACGACGGUCAGGUAUACCAGCGGUUGUUCGAGCUUGCGCAGAAAUCACCGCUGAACAAGUCUCCGGUUCAGCCUUCAGCCAAGAAAUAUCUACCUCAGCUUCACAAAUCCAAGCUUUGAGAAAAUCUGUAACCAGGCCUUUUUAGUUCAAAUCGAGGCCUACUAUCUUUUCACAGACAACAAAAGAAUAUAUUUUUUUUUAAUUAGAUAUGGUCCGUAUUUUAAUGCUUCCUUACAUUAUAUUAAUACAUUAUUUUUGCACAAUAUCACGGGUUUUAAAUAUGAUCCAUCCGUUUAUUGACUUACAAAAGGGAUUUAUGCAUCAAAUUGUACGUCAAAUUACUUAUCACCCUAAUGAAGAAAUUGAGUAAAAAACGCCGAUAGA